UGAAAUUUAGAGAGUCAAUUUAUGAUUCCAUUCGAGCCAGCAACCCGGUGUUUUUUCUGCGAGCCUCUCCAACAAUACUGCUCCAGUUGAUGUUGCCCACACUGAUUCGACUGGAGCAUCACAGCUGUCCAUUUAAAACAAACAACAACCUUAAUGAUUCGGAAAUAUGGCUCGUUACAUAGUGCCUUCUGUGGCUAUAUCCGCCAUAUAUUCAGCUUAUCGGUCGUAUUUUGACUCCAGCUCGCCAAGUGCUUUCGGUAUCCGAACGGUUGAAGAAGCAGUUGCUUCGCUCAAUGCAAAUGUGAAUGCUUUGGAGGCACUUCGUUUCAUUCAGCAUAUAAAACCAGAUAACUCUUUUGUGUGCUCCUUGAGCCCUACAGCUCUUGGAGUCCUUGCUCUUCGUGGCUCUGAUCUAUGUGAGCAUGUUCCGGUCACUAAGUACACUUAUGAUGAGGACGACCCAACGUUUUCUUCCCUUUUGAGCAAGUUCGAUCUUGGUCCAGUUUGGGAGGAUCGCAUAGCUUGGCUGAAUAGAGUAGCUUGCCCUGAAGAAGAUCUUGCAUGUGCUGAAGGAUGGUUUACGUACCAUCCGAGUCAAGUGUUUAGACUGUUACAGCUGCUGCGCCUUAUAUAUGUCAGGACAGAGAUUCCUUUCGACUCGAAGGAAAUCGGCACUGAAGUUGUACAGCUCUUGUACUUGAUGUACAAACGAUUUCGCGAUAUUAACAAAGAGUUAGCAAUCCUUGCAUUGAAGACGCUUUCAAAUGUUGCUCUCAAUAAUCCAUCGUAUGCGAUCUCAAUCUUCACAUCAGAAUGGUUACCUCUUCUCGCUUCAAUGGUUGUGCACGGGAGAACUCUGGAGGAAAGAUUGAUCUCUCAUAAGAUCUGUCAGAAUGCUUUGAGUACAUUGGGUGCAGUUGACUACCAGCUACGAUCUGAUAUCUACGAAUUAUUCUUGCCGGACAGGGAACCUUUAGUUGAUAUUGUUUUGAUUCAUGGUUUAAGAGGUGGGGUGGCCUUUACGUGGCGUCAGAAGGAUCACUCGAGUAAUGUUGUUUCCAACUGCUGGCCGAAGGACUGGUUACAUUUGGAUAUAGCGGAGCCCAUGCGAAUUCUUGGCUUAGAUUAUCCAUCGUAUCUCAUGCAUUUCACAGGGACAAUGGAAAGCUUGGAGGUUAGAGCCAAUCGCUUCGAACAUCAGCUACAAGCUGCAGGAGUUGGUAGAAGGCCUAUAAUAUUCAUAUGCCACAGCCUUGGUGGUUUGCUAGCAAAACGCCUACUUUUAGACCUUCCGAAUUUAGCCGCUAAAACGGUCGGCAUACUAUUCAUUGCGACGCCUCAUCGUGGAUCUCCGAUAGCGGCUUGGGGUUAUUCUAUAUUGCAUCCAUCUCAAGAUGUUUUGCUACUAUAUGAGGAAAAUGCUGUGAACAAAAAGCUUAACGAGGAUUUUGUCCCUAUCAGUGAUAAUGUUCCCGUGAUCGUAAGCAUGGUUGAAACAAAGCUGUCAAAUCUCAUCGGUAGGGCCAGAGGUAUAGUCGUUCCGACACAAUCUGCUGUAUAUGAAAGAGGUGCCGUUUACCACAUAGAGGAGGCGCAUCAUAAUGUAUGCAAGCCAUCCGAACGUUCUAGUCCAGCAUAUGGUGUCGUUUUGAACUUCAUCCGUGAUUCAAUACAAGAGGCUAAAAAAAUGAAAAAUGUCAAGCAAUAGCUUUACGAACCGCCAAGGCAGAAGCACCUAAGUCAUUCGAAUACGAGUACCGAACUUCCACUACAAUACACUAUACUUUGUGCUCUGUGAUCACUUGAGAGCGAUUCACAGCCUCAUUGUGUCAAUACCUUAGGACAUUUAUCUUCUCAAAUACGGGAGUAUGAGCUAUAGUCAAGCUAGAGUAUGUCUUUUAUGAAGUGCCA